AUGAAAGCGUGCCGUCUUGCCUGUCUUCUGGCGUCAAUACUGGCCACAGGUGUCCAUGCACUGCGCGAAUCCACCAACCCCUUGGACGUGGAAGGGUCAAACACCGUGCAUCAUUCAUACAAGUACACAUCUGUUUCGAAAUUUAAGUUUGGCCAUGCCUUCUUUCACGAUCUCGGCACUAUCCCUGAACCAGGCCAGUUCCACAGCAUUUCACCUUUGGCGCACGAAUUAAUGCAGAAAACUGCGGAAGGGAAAACGAGCCCCGUCGAGUCUUUGGUCCUUCACUCACGACGAACUCUGAUGAGCCGCCGUCCGUUGUCUUGGCUGCUGGAUUUUCGACACAAAGAUCACGCCUCUCUCAAGGUACUAAAUGAACUCGAAUGGCAAGAUAUACCGGUGCGUACACCAGACGUCACGGAUAAGACGACCGUUGUCAAUCUAGCCAAAAUGACCAGCAAUGCAUACGUGCUUGCCCCGUCGCAGCCCGACUGGCUUAACGGCUCUAUGGACUUCAACCACUCCGACAGCUUUGGCUGGGUAGGUGACGGCUUGCGCGGCCACGUUUUUACCGAUGAGACGAACGAGACUGUCAUCAUUGCAUUCAAAGGUACAACGAUCGACCCUCGCGAAAAGUGGAGGAGUAACGAUCGACUCAACGACAACCUUCUCUUCAGCUGCUGUUGCGCCAGCCAACGCCCUGACCCGUUCUGGUACGGUCCAGUGUGCAAUUGCAGUACUGACACAUAUCAGUGCAAUUCCACGUGCCUCACGCAGAAGCUGCUCCAAAAGGACCGAUACUACCCUACCGCUGUCGCAGUCUUACUAAACAUAACAACGUGGUAUCCAAACGCGACGUUUUGGAUUGUGGGUCAUUCUUUGGGAGGCUCGAUUGCAAGUCUUGUCGGCCUGACGUACAACAUGCCAUCUGUCGCUUACGAGGCUCCACCGCAAAGGCUCGCCGCGCAGCGACUGGGUAUAACUAUCCCUCCGCGUACGGCCGAUUAUCAUAUCGGCAACACGGCAGAUCCGGUCUUCAUGGGUGCAUGCAAUGGCUACUUCUCGUCAUGCUCAAUUGCCGGGUAUGCGUUCGAGAGUCAAUGCCAUACAGGAAAGCGUUGCGUCUACGACACUGUGGGAGAUUUGGGAUGGCAUGUGAACAUCAACAAUCACCGGCUGAACGUUAUCAUCCCCGAUGUCCUCGAAGCACUGCUACAACUGGAAGUAUGA